AUGAUCCUCGAAUACUUGUCCCCGACGGAUCUCUUUCGGCUUUUUUGCACCAGCAAGAUCUCGUUGGAUUAUGGGGAUUCGUUUAUGCGCACAAAAUCAGACCAGUUCUACCGGUGCAUUCCCGCUGACAAUGAAGAAUCGACACCGCCGACUGUGGAGAUAUGGGCUACGAAGACAUUGGUCAACCAUGCUUACGGAUUAUGGAAUUCUUUCGCAGACUUGCCGACUGAUCUCGAAGUAAUUACGGUCUAUGGGAUUAGAAUCAAGGAUUAUGUUUACGUCUGCGGAAUUGACUUUCUGACAAGAAGCACUCAUCAGCACGUUGGUCACCACUCCAACCUAGUCUCUCGAGUCGAGAUUCUUUCCACCCAGGUUGACGUUGUCUGUUUUCUGGCGGACGCUUUUGGUAUUAGAAGCUUAAAGUUUGGUCAUUCAGCGUGGAGCUUUGAGGAUCCGAAAAGCGCUCAAUGCUGGGAAGGAUUUAGUAUAAGGAGACGAGAAGGGAGGCUUAGGAUUGUGCGAGACGCAGUCAAAUUCAGACAUAUUGGGUGGUGCUCCGACACUACCCCUUCUUUCGAGGAAACCCUUCUAGUGCGGAAUAGCAACACAUUCUGGAAGAGUGAUAUUGAUAAGAAAUAUUACUUUCCGCUGUACCCUUACUGGGAGACACAUCUUAAGUCUGCAUUUGGGAAUUUUACCGUCGAGGCUCUGUGGAUAACACAAGAUCUCUCGGGAGUCACGAUCUACAGCGAAACAGAUGUGAUAAUUGGUGUCGCUAUACAUGACUCGUCGGGGACAAGCAUCGUUGGUGAUGACGCAGGCGAUAAGGAUUACUUACCAAUACACGGACCGGAUGAGUUUCUUGCGGGGGUUGUUGUUCGCAUGCAUCCAUUCUACGAUUUUCCGCUACUUAAACUCAAGACCAACCGGGGCCGGCAAUGCUCUUCCUUAUCCUCAGUAUCAGAGGAGGGGUACAGCAGUCGAAAUAUCGAAACCCCAGAAAAUUGUUAUAUCAAAGGCUUCUACUUUCGGCUUGAAUUCUCCAGUAUUCAGUCUAUUGGGGUUAUCUACGGCAAUCUAGGGGAAAGUGAUGGCUGA